AUGUCAGGAUCGAAACCAUAUCAAGAACUAGUAAUGGCAUCUGGCGUCAAAGUUGAUAAUUUAGUCAUUGAAAAAUACCACGAUUUCAAAAUCAAGAAAAAUAUUGGCUAUCUCGUGUUUGGUUUCAGUGAUGAUAUAUCAAAAAUUGUUGUCUUGAAUGAAAGCUUAAAUAAAGUACCGCAGAAUGCUCCAAGUGCUGAUAAAAAUAAAAAAUGGGAACAAAUGGUAGAUGAUUUGCCUGAAAACGAUGUUCGAUAUGCAGUGAUUGAUAUAUUUUAUGAUACAAAAGAAGGUUCUCGAACGGAAAUUUAUUUUAUCUCGUGGGCACCAGAUACAGCAACAAUCAAACGAAAAAUGUUAAUUGCAUCCAGUAAGGAUGCGUUAAAAAACGCAUUACAAGGUAUUCGCAAUCAUAUUCAAGCAACAUGUAAAGCUGAUCUUGAUUUAGCAGCAAUAAUUAGCGAAAAAAUCAAAUCGAAAUAG